AGCCACGAAGUUUCGGAUAAAGUUGCUCAACAGUGAGAAAGAAUGGCAGAAGGUGGAGUAGAUACUCCUCCUUGGGCAUCACGUAUUCAGUGCAGGUAUUAUCUUCACGGUGUUUGUCGUCAAGGAAGUGACUGUCACUAUGCACAUGACAAAGCAGCAAAACCAUCCAAUGUCUGUCGUUACUAUUUAGCUGGAAGAUGUUCAUAUGGAGCAGGAUGCAGAUAUGAUCACUCCAAACCCAAACCACCAGCUCUGAAACCUACUCCAGUUCAACGAAUAAUGAAUCCUGUACAAAAUAAAACAGAAUUAUCACAACUGAAAAUGACAUCAUUGAAGAAAGGGGGUCAAUCAGAUACGUCACAGCUGCCUUCCACCCCUAAACCUCCCGAGCAGUGGGUCAAGGCUACAGAGUUUGUUCCUGGAAAACCAUAUAUAUGUUCCUCAAUACCAGCAUCUUAUGCCAAAGCCACCAAAGAUGAAGAAUCCGAUUUGUCAUUGUGUUAUGGAGAGGAGCCUGUCUCUAGUGGGCAGUUAUUGUGCCCAUAUUUGGCAAAAGGGGUGUGUCCCUAUGACUCGGAGUGCGAGUAUAUCCAUGGAGACAUGUGUGAGAUGUGUGGAUUGGCUGUUCUGCACCCAACAGACAAAAUUCAAAGAGAGGAACACAUGAAGAUGUGUGAAGCAGAGUUGGAGGAAAACAUGGAACAUUCUUUUGCCAUUGCCCGGAGUAAAGAUAAGGCGUGUGGAAUCUGUAUGGACAUUGUGAUGGAGAAGCAGCCCCCUACAGAACAGAGAUUUGGUAUCAUGUCUGACUGUAAUCAUAUCUUCUGUCUGUCCUGUAUCAGAAAGUGGAGAGGUGCCAAACAGUUUGAAAGGAAGAUAGUCAGAGCUUGUCCAGAGUGUCGAGUUAGCUCUAACUUUGUAACACCAAGCAAAUACUGGGUAGAAUCAGACGAGGAGAAGAAUAAACUGAUCGCUGGCUACAAAGAAGCGCUAAGUAAUAAAUCCUGCAAGUAUUUCAAGCAAGGUUCUGGAGACUGCCCCUUUAAUGACAAGUGUUUCUAUCUCCAUGCUCUCCCUGACGGGACAAUCGCGGAACCUAAGCCUCGCAUCAGACGUAGAAGGCAGAAUGCUGAGGGUGAUAUUGACGUGAUGGGCCGCAUCAACCUUUGGGACUUUCUGGAGGAAUAUGACAAUCGCCUGGAUCAGCUCUUUCUGUUAGAACUGGAAGCUGAGCUGGAUAAUGUUCUCCUGGAUCUCUGGUUUGUUGGUGAUGAAUCCACUGAUGAUGAGGAAUUUUGAUAAUACCCUGUAUAGAUUUUGUAUGAUAUAAGUCUACUGAUGAUGAUGAAUUUUGAUAAUACCCUGUAGUUUGUUGCCUGCUUCAAGCAAAAUGUGUAAAUAUGAUCUUUUUAUGUGAUACUAAAUGUACAUAAUAGGUUUAGGUUUUGAUUAACUAAAUAUGUGAAUCUUUCAUCUGCAUUUAUGAAACAAUAGUCCAGUGACUUCUUUGUAUAUAUUUAUGUGAGUUAUUUUGAGUGUACAUGUAAUCACUAGGCAUAUGUUAUACAAUGCGUACAUGGAAAAUUGGCAUUAUGUUGUAUGAGAAGAGAAUGAAAGAAAUAUACAGCAAAAUGGUUUACUCUUAUUGUCACUGGAGUUAGAGAUAUGUAUAAGGUUAGAUGACAAGUUGAUUCUAUCACCAAACAGCAUGUAGUUACUUCCCCUUGACACCAUGUAUGCCAUAGAAUGUUAUUAUUGUGACUGUGAUAUCAGUAUGUAUGACUAAACAUGUAAUACAUGAUACUAUAUAUAUGGGCUAAUCAAGCUGGGGGGGGGGGGGGAUGGAGUAUAGUGAUGAGAUGUCUAUCCAUACAUCCUUCCGUAUAUCCAUACACUUUGGGGUUCCCAUCUCUUAUCUGCAUGAGACUUUCACAGAAUCUUUGUCACAUAGUGCCAUUGUGCACCUUCUAUUUUACCUUUUGAUUGGACAGGAAUUAGGGGCUUCCCAUAGCAAAACAUGGACACUGCCAUUCUUUCUAUAUCAUUGGAGGACCCACCUCUUAGCACAUUUCCUCCUAUACCACUGAAUAGACUUCACAGAAUCUUUAUUACAUUGUUCAGUUGUGCAUCUUCUAUUUAAUGUUCUGAUCAGACUGAUAUUUCGAGUUUUCACAGCAAUAAAAUGGACUUUGCCAUUAUAUUCAUGGGAGCGGGGUGGGUGGGGGUAUCAUUUUGUGAGUUCAGUGCUCACAGUACCUCUAAUUUUCAUUUAUGAAGUAACAGUUUAAAAUUAUCAACCACUGUUUUUACUGUGCUAUUGUUGAGGCUGUAAUGCAAUCAAAAUAUAAGAACAUUGCCAAGUUAGUUACAAAUGUUCCUCAGAGAUUCAGUAAAUACAGAUCCUGUUCUGUUCCGUUUGUUUAGAUAUGCUUGGGUGACUAAAUAGUUCUCUUAUAUGUGUACCUGAAAUGGUCAACUUUCGCUGACUUCCCCACCUUCGUUUUGAUUGAAAAAAUAUUCCCUUUAUAUUUGACAGGAAUUUAAUGUGAAUAUUUUCCCCUUCUUUCCUAUGUAACUGUGUGAAUGAGCAGGUAUAAGUAAACAAAAUAAAGAAGAGAAGCAAA